AAAUAUUUAAAACGGGCUGUAACGGUUCUUGCGUUUGUUAUCGUUUUUUUAUAACAAUAUAAAUUAUUUUCCAUUUUCACAAAACAAUAAGCAAUCAUUGUUUCAUUUGAUUUAAAUAAAUGUGUUUAUAAGUUUAAUAUCAGCGAUUUAUUUUCCAUAAUGGGUAUCAUCGAUGAAAACUGGAAUUAUGAAAUUGAUAUUGGUGAAUGCGAAAAAAGAGCGAACAGACUUUUUGAAUUACAAAUAAAUACUUUAUGCGAAAGUAUACUUAAAGCUCUCGACAAAGGCUUUAUAAAUAUUGUUGAAGACAAGGACUGCUUGGCUCGAAAUAAUGAUGAAGAAUUAAAAUUAUUGUUUGAAAGGAAUAAAGAGAUAAAACAAGACAUUGAAAUAAAACUUAAAGAGUUAUCACAACAGCAAGCUCAAUUUGAAAAUUUUAAACGAGAUCAGAAACUUCUAAAACAGGAAGUCAAAGAGACACAUGAAGCAUUUCUGAUGGCCAGGAAGCACUUUAAAAAAAGUUUGAAUAUCUAUUAUUCAAUAGAAUCCAGAUCAAAGGAAAUACAAAUAGUUUUCGUACAAUUCUUUACAGAGCUUAAGAAGAAUGGUGACAAUUAUUCUGUGUGUUUAUUGAAAAAUAUUAAAACUCGGCAGUAUACAUUGCAAAGUACAAAUCCAACCAUUAAGUUGUUCAAAGAACUCCAAAGAAGAUUACAAGAAAAUAAUGAUGUUGCUGGUGUCCUAUGUUAUAUAAGGGAAGCAUUUAUAGCACACAAGCUUAAAGAUAAAGAGCACUAAAGAACUCUUUUAUUUUUGAACUAGUUUUUGCCCACGACAUUGACAUUGGUAUUUUUCUCUAAACUAAUUCUGCAUUUGCUGUCCUUUUCAUAUUAGACAAGUAUGAAAAAGAUGAAAGUUCUCUAAAAUUUAGUUGUGAUCAGGAUCAGUACCAUUGUCUGUGGGAUAUAUAUUUUAUGCAUAAAUUUAAGUAUAGCCAAGUAUAGCAUGUUGCCAUCUAUCAGUGAAAAAAUUUAAAGUAAAUAAGUAUAGAUUUAUGAGUAAUAUCAAAGUUGAAGCUUAUUUCUGCAAUUAAGGUUAAUUUUGUAAUGAUUUAAAAUUUAAUACAAAUUCUGGCAGGCAGACAGCAGUCUUGACUACUUGAAAAGCAAAAGCUUAUUGAUCACAGUAGAAGCUGUACAUAUUAAGUAAUAAAACUUAUUUAUUUGAAAAAGAAUUAAACAUAUAUUGUAAAAUAACUCCAUCUUACAAGAAUGCCAACAGUAGCUAAGGGGCAUAGGAUAAUUGUUAUAUUUUCAUAGAAACAUUAUAGGUAGUUAAAUAAAAACAACUUGGUUAUUAAAAUAAACAUUUAUUGUAAUCACUAUAACAAUGUAACAACCAUUGCAUAUAAAUUAUAAUACAUUACACAAAAACUCCUGAGAUACAUUUAAUUUACAGAAUUUGUAUUUUAAUUUAAAGAUCACAUUUUAUA